CUGCCUCUCCGGUGCCGGCGGGGCUGGAGCAGGGACACAGGGACACAGGCGGGCGGGAUGGCUGCGCGGCUGCGGGCGCUGCUGCUGGCGCUGUGCGCGGUGCUCGCUGCCGCCCGGGCCGCCGAGGCCGAGCCGGUGGCCGGGGCUGCCAGCCGGCGGCGGCGGCUGAGCGCCGAGGAGGGCAUCUCCUUCGAGUACCACCGCUACGCCGAGCUGCGGGAGGCGCUGGUGGCCGUGUGGCUGCAGUGCCCCGCCAUCAGCAGGAUCUACACGGUGGGGCGCAGCGCCGAGGGCCGGGAGCUGCUGGUCAUCGAGAUCUCCGACCGGCCCGGCGAGCACGAGCCCGGAGAGCCAGAAUUUAAAUAUGUUGGGAAUAUGCAUGGGAAUGAAGCUGUUGGAAGGGAGUUACUCAUCUUCCUGGCACAGUACUUGUGUAACGAGUACCAGAAAGGRAAUGAUACUAUUAUCAACUUGAUCCAUAGCACACGUAUCCAUAUCAUGCCAUCUUUGAACCCAGACGGCUUUGAGAAGGCAGCAUCUCAGCCCGGUGAACUGAAAGACUGGUUUGUUGGUCGAAGCAAUGCCCAAGGGAUAGAUCUAAACAGAAAUUUUCCAGAUCUUGACAGAAUAGUUUACAUUAAUGAGAAAGAAGGUGGCCCAAACAACCAUCUUCUGAAGAACAUGAAAAAAGCCGUGGACCAGAAUCCCAAGCUUGCUCCUGAAACGAAAGGUGUCAUUCACUGGAUUAUGGAUAUUCCCUUUGUGCUCUCUGCCAACCUUCAUGGAGGAGACCUUGUUGCAAAUUAUCCUUAUGAUGAGACUCGGAGUGGCAGUGCUCAUGAAUACAGCUCCUGCCCCGAUGAUGCUAUUUUUCAAAGCCUGGCUCGCAGUUAYUCUUCUUUUAACCCUGCCAUGUCCGAUCCAAACCGACCACCGUGUCGCAAAAACGAUGAUGACAGCAGCUUUGUGGAUGGAACAACCAAUGGUGGUGCAUGGUACAGUGUCCCAGGAGGAAUGCAGGAUUUCAAUUACCUCAGCAGCAACUGCUUUGAAAUCACAGUGGAGCUUAGCUGUGAAAAAUUCCCACCUGAAGAAACUCUGAAAGGUUACUGGGAGGACAACAAGAACUCUCUUAUAAAUUACAUUGAACAGAUUCAUCGAGGAGUGAAGGGGUUUGUUAAAGAUCUUCAGGGCAAUCCAAUAGCAAAUGCUACAAUUUCUGUGGAGGGCAUAAGCCAUGAUGUUACAUCAGCCAAGGAUGGUGAUUACUGGAGAUUGCUUGUGCCUGGAAAUUACAAAGUUACGGCCUCAGCACCAGGCUAUCUAGCAAUAACUAAAAAAGUGGCUGUGCCCUUCAGCCCUGCGGUUGUGGUUGAUUUUGAACUGGAGUCAUUGUCUGAAAGAAAAGAAGAGGAAAAAGAAGAGUUGAUGGAAUGGUGGAAGAUGAUGUCAGAAACACUAAAUUUUUAAAUGAAAAUUUUGGCUUUACAGCUUUUAAUCUAUUAUAUGUUGACUUAGUAUAAUGUACUGUGGAAACUCCCUAUAUUCUAGAUUUUGUGCACUUCACAAUAAUUAACUUUGAAUUUUUCAGUCAUCUUUUGAUUAAUAURAUUACAAAUAACUACUAGCCUCCUAGGUAGAUAAAUAAGUUAUUAAUUUUCUUUCAUAUUGUUAUAGAAAAUUUACUCUUCUAUAAAAAUCAGAAAGAAUGAAUAUGCAGCCUGUAUGACAGUMAAAUCUAUUGUGUAUUAUUUGCAAGUUCAGAAUAUGUAGGUUAACACUUGAUUUUAAAAAAGAAAUAUGCUGUAGUUAAUUACCAAUACUGCCAGAAAUAUUUGACAGUGCAUAGUAGUAGACAGUGCUCUUUACUGAGUUCUAUAAUGGAUGUUACUGRAAAGACUUCUAAUAACAGUGUGUGGUGUAAUAAUGUUUUACAAGGAUUAAAAUUUAGUAUAACACUUUGUAUGUCUCUGGUGUUGGGGCURUUUGAAUAUGUAAGAAACAUAAGCUGGCUUCAUUUAGUAAGCAGAAAGAAUCUGCAUAAACUCUUUUACUAAAAAUGGCAUAGAAUGAAUUCAGGAAAUAGCAGAGCUUUAUUCCUUAAACAGCUGAUAAUGUUUGAAGACCAGGUUUAAUUAUUUCUCAUUCUUUGUUAAGAAAAUUAGAAAUUCUGAGUGGAAGAAGAGCUAGUGUAUCUGAUUAAUAUGCUGCUUGGGUUUGUUUUGCAGCAAGAAAAAUAAUUUCAGGUCAUGUGUGUGCUAAUUAAAUAAUUACCUUUUCAACAGUCUUCACUUGUAUCCAUGAUGUCUGGAUAAUCAGCCAAAAGUUCAUCUGUUCACUGAAGGCUACCAAAAUGUUACAGUUUAGACAAUAAACUAGAAAUCURCUGAGAUUAUGGUUUUAGUCUUGCAAGUCAAAAUGGAUUUGUUUCCAGCUGUUUCUUCUGCUGGCUAGUGUUAUCUAAAACURGAAGCAAGACAGAUAAAUGACAAUUUUUUCAGUGUGGUGAAUUCUUUUCGAUAUUGUUGAAGAUUAUACAAAAAGCAACUUUGACUUAAAAUGAUCCUUCUUGAUCCCUUUUUGUUUUUAUACUUUAAUUGACAUACUGUAGUAUUUUGGCUAAGAUGAGUGAAAUUUGCAGAGUCAGACAAUACACAUGGACCAUAGUWGGUACAAAUUUGGUAUAAUUUUUCUGGAAUGACUCCUGGUAUACUGGAGAUAAGCUAAGAAUCUUGUCUGUUUGAAAGCUUACACACURUUGCUAUCCAUUUUAAUUCAAAAACAGAUAUUUGAUACAGAUCUCCUUCCUCUGUUUCUUUAAUACCACUGUCUGUGUUUUGAUUAGCAUAUUAUUUUAGCUGAUGCUGGUUCAGAAUCAGUCAAYUGUGCACUAUCACGCUCCUGCUGUGAGUGAAAAAUCACAUAUCCAGGUGUAGGAUCCAAAUUUACCUCCUUUGGAUGUUUAAAAAUUUACUUAAAAUAGUAUUUUCUGAGAAUUUUAAAUUCUUUAAAAAUAGCACUUGAUUCUUUUAAGGAACAAGGCUUAAGGUUUGACACACAUUGAUAAACUAAACAGCAAUAAAAAGGCAUAAACUAUCUCUCUCUGAUCAAGAGUUUGUGAUGUAACCUGUAGCUCAUUUGGGUAGUAGAUGUUUAAUUCCAAAUUUCAGAGGAAAUGUACUUGCUGUAAGUCAUUAUAUAGUGAUGAAUUUCGAGUCUCCAUUGCAAUGAGAAACCCCAGUGGCAAAGAAAAAAUGUGUCUUAAUAACACCUGUGGCUAGAGCGUGCAUAAAGGACAUCUGGUUGCAGCAACUCGGAUGUCUGUGACAAAUUGARAGGCCAAGAUGCAGCACAGAGCACCUUCUGUGCCCUGAUGUAAUGAUCUUGUUUUUAACUGAACCAGGUAAGGUUGAAGCACAUGGUAUAAAAAUGAAUUAUAACAAGAUGUUACUGGCAUGUGGGMAAAUGGCUACAGGAGUGUAAACUAAUGUAAUAAGCCAAGUGUAUAUUUGUACAGAACACUUUGGUCUGCUUCUUCCAAACCUAAGAAUUUCAAUCUGAAUGACACUUCCUCGCGGUAUGAUGCCUGUUGUGCAUCCAGUCUUCCCGUGGCAUAGUUAGUGCAGACAUUGCAUCAAACUGAUCUCAUAUCAGGUUUUUAAUCCAUAUGAUGUGUGUGAGAUCCUCUGGUCUAUUGUUUCAUACAUUUGCUAUUAAAUGUGGUGUCCCUUAAGUGMUCUGUUUGUUGUGCUCUCGGUGACUGCUUGCUUUUACUGUGUUGAGAACAGGUUAAAGUGAUUAAAUGUUACAACACCAGAACCACUGCCACUGUUCUUGCUCUAGGUAAACAUCCUUAAGAACAGCGUAGCCAGGACUSUCAAUAAAUUAAUUCAUUAUGUAGYUUUCCUAGCUGAGCUGAGCUGUGUUGUAGGACUGUGUAUGUUUAAUGGAAGAUUAAAGUGUUACGUGAUGCUGAGCUUUUGGUUUAAAAGGCACAUGCUGUACUAUUGUACAAUAAAUCUACAGUUUURUUUAAAAUGUAAAAUGUGUGAGUAAUUUGCAGGUUCAAAAUGUGAGCUCUUUGGCUGUGCAUGUCUGCAAAGUAUGACAUAAACAUCCUCCGUGGGUGCAUUUGCCAUUUAAUUUGCUGUUUGAACAGAGAUAGGAGACUGGGAUUAGUGCUGMUAUCCCACUGGGAGCCAUCCACAACCCCUUAACUUUGUGCCAGGACAUCCUCCUUUUGAAGGAUAYGUCUUUCUGAGCAGUUGGAGGCUUUCAAGUCAAGUAAGAGAUAGUAAUGAGAUGCUCUUCAUUCAUGGUGGGACAGGGCAGACACKUUUGCGUGUCUCUCUCCCAGUAUUUACAGAAAAAUCUUUUUCCGUAUCGAUCCUUAGGAUUAAAAAGCAGAGUGUGCUAUGUGUGUGCAAAUCUGGGAUACCACACAUUCCUUAUGGCCAAGCAUUCCUUGCAACUACAGUGAUCAGGAUUAUAGAAAAAAAGGAAGUCAAAUAAAAUCACUGCAUCUGAAAUGUGUUUCCCAGCUAGGUUGUGGUGUUCACAUCCAUAAAUGUGAAUUCACAUGCAGUCAUGCCUAGUCCUGAGCUGCUAAUAACAUAAUUAAAGUGUAAAUGAAACCUGAGGUGGUAUGUUAGAAAGAAUUGUUAUCAAGUUUCUUUGAGUUUUUAAGCAGGUAUGACACAUGUCUUUGGAACACUUAAAACUAUGCCUGGAAAGGAAGAGGUUUCASAGAAGGAUGACAGGUUUAGAGAAGCUUGUAUUUAAAGUUAAAAGCUGCRGUUGAAGGGAGCCCGGUUUUCUCCCAUAUCUGUGUUUAGUCUGACUCUGUGCGGAGGCUGCAGAAGAGCAGCAGUUUAAUGACGGCCUCGCUAAGAUUUAGAGCAGCUCUCUAGAGCUUCUUAAUAAAUCUGCUCCACUGGAGGAGUGCCUURUUUCCUGCUUAUAGUCAGCUCUGGAAAUACAGGAUUGAGAAAUGCCACUGCAGUGCUUGCUUUCUCCCUUUCUGAAUCUUGCAAAGUAGUUCUGAUCGUCCCCUUGCAGGUAUUUUACUCCCUCAGUAUGUUUCUGUUUGUGUAGGGAGCUACGUCUGUUAUGAAUAAUUUACCGCUUGUUAAUUUGGCUCAUAAGCUUGGUCAUUGACACAGCCUCUCUUCCAUUAUUUCUGACGUACAUAAUUAAAUCCAGAAAACAAAAACACUCAGGAGAUUUUCUGAAAGUCAUGACAUAAAAAAACCCAAAACAGUGGGUUUUGUUUACCUCCUGGCUUGUGAGUGUUUUCAAGUGAGCUUGCUUCAAGUUUUUGUUUUUAAAGCCUGCUUUAGGGAGAGAAUUCUGUGACAAUCGAGAAGUUGAUGUAAUCCUAGGCAUCCAGAGACCAAGGUUUUUAGCAGUAUAGCAAGUAUKGGUUUCAGUAGUAUAAAAAUGAGGUAUUUCAGUAUAAAAGUGAGAUACUUAGAAACAACUGCUGUUUGCUUUUAUUAACUGUGAUAAUGGUAGUAUAUUAAUUGAGUAAAAUGGCCUUGCAAUGCUAAUCUUUGUUCAUCCCUUAUUUUACUUCUCUGUGCCCCAGGCACUGUAUUCCAGCAACGAUUUAAACAUGCCGAUGAUUAGGCUACAUUUUCCCUGAAUUAAUGGUUAAUAAUCCAUGUUAUUUUGUCUUGGUUCUCCUUUCAUAUUGACUUAAGCCACUACAGAUUUUUGUAAUCAUAGAUCCCUCUGCACAGUGGAAAUUGUCAAAUAGAGAAGCUGAAGAAUUUGGCUCCUGCAUUGGGAAUGUAAAGGGAAUUUGACAUCUGGAAAUACACUGGAAGCACUCUGGUUGUUGUGAAAUAAGUAGAUUUUACAGACUUUUUUUUGUAAUAGUUCUUUAGUAAAUGGCUGAAUAAGUUAUGUGGCUGUGUGAUUCUAGSGGUGCAUGUAUCUGUAUCUUUAUUUUUAAGGAAAAGGUACUCUGGAAAGGUUAGCCUAGAGUCUGAGGGGUCAGCGCUCUCUGGUGUC